AUGAAGCAGCACUCCACCAAAGUCUUCAGAGACAUCGUGAAUGCUCUGGGCUCCUUCAUCCAGUCCCUCUUCAUCCUCCCCAGCGCAGGAAACAGCUCCUCCAGCAGCACGCCUGCAGGUGGCUCGGUGUCGGCUUCACAGGGGUCCGCUCAGGGAGGUCCAGGUUCAGCAGGAGCAGGGGGAGGUCUUAUCACACAGGCUGCUUUUGAGUACCGGGGCACCUGGAUCCCCCUCAUGAGCGUCAGCAUCCAGGGCAGUGCCAAAGCCACCUAUCUGGAGAUGCUGGAUAAGGUGGAGCCGCCCUCCAUCCCUGAAGGUUACGCCAUGUCUGUGGCCUUCAGCGCCCUGUUGGAUCUGGUGAGGGGAAUCACGUCUAUGAUCGAGAGAGAGAUCUCCAAACAGGAACAGGAAGCUGCUAUGAGGGAGGAGGCGGAGCCUGCUAGUCCUCCACAGAGAGACCGCUGCCCUCAGGAUCCCAUGGCUCAUGAGGUUUGGGAGGAGAUGGUGAACGCCUGCUGGUGCGGCCUGUUGGCGGCCCUUUCACUCCUGCUGGACGCCAGUACGGACGAGUCGGCCACAGAAAACAUCCUGAAAGCGGAGCUGUCCAUGGCGUCUCUGUGCGGUCGUCUGGGUUUGGUGACGCCGCGUGACGCUUUUAUCACGGCCAUCUGUAAAGCGUCUCUCCCUCCUCACUACGCCCUCACCAUCCUGAGCACUGCCAACCUCUCCAAUAAAGAUCGUUAUGAUGAACAGAGAUCUUUUAGUUUAUGUAUUUCAGUGUACUCUAUCCAGGGUCAGAGUGUGCAGAUGGUCAGUCCGUCCAGUGAAUCUCACCAGCAGGUGGUAGCAGUGGGUCAGCCGCUCACCGCACAGCCGCAGGGCACCGUCGUGCUGACAGCGAAGAACAUUCAGUGCAUGCGGACGCUGCUGAAUCUGGCUCAUUGUCACGGUGCUUAUCUGGGAACCUCAUGGCAGCUGGUUUUAGCCACACUACAGCAUCUGGUGUGGAUUCUGGGUCUGAAACCGUCCGUCGGUGGAGUUCUGAAACCCGGGCGAGCUGUGGAGGGUCCCAGCACGGUAAAACCUGUUCAAAACCUAGUUUUGACCACAGCGGUGAUGACCGAUUUACCCGUCAUAUCAAACAUCCUGUCCAGACUCUUUGAAAGCUCACAAUACCUGGACGAUGUCUCUCUGCAUCACCUGAUAAACGCUCUGUGCUCGUUAUCCAUGGAGGCCAUGGAAAUGGCUUAUGGAAACAACAAGGAGCCAUCUCUGUUUGCGGUGGCCAAGCUGUUAGAGACUGGACUGGUUAAUAUGGACCGGAUUGAGAUUCUCUGGAGGCCGCUGACGGCUCAUUUACUGGAGGUCUGUCAGCAUCCUAACGCUCGAAUGAGGGAGUGGGGUGCAGAGGCCAUCACCUCGCUGAUCAAAGCUGGACUUUCCUUCAAACACGAGCCCCCGCUGUCCAAGAACCAGAGGUUGCAGCUGUUGCUUCUGAACCCUCUGAAGGAGCUCUCCAACGUCCUUCAUGCCGAUAUCCGACAGAAACAGCUGGAGUGUGUCCUACAGAUCCUACAGAACCAGGGAGACAGUCUUGGACCAGGAUGGCCUCUGGUGCUGGGGGUCAUUGGAGCGAUCCGCAAUGACCAGGGUGAAUCCCUCAUACGAACAGCCUUCCAGUGCCUGCAGUUGGUGGUGACUGACUUCCUACCCACAAUGCCUUGCAUGUGCCUACAAAUUGUGGUGGAUGUAGCCGGCAGCUUUGGGCUCCAGAACCAGGAGCUAAACAUCAGCCUGACGUCUAUUGGCUUGCUGUGGAACAUCUCAGACUACUUCUUCCAAAGGGGAGAAGCAAUUACAGAGGAGCUGGAGAGGGAGGAAGCGGUUCUCUUGAAACAGGCCCAAGAAAAAGGUGAACCUCUGAACCGACCCUUCCACCCUGCGCCACCCUUCGACUGCCUGUGGUUGUGCCUGUAUGCCAAGCUGGGUGAGUUGUGUGUGGACCCACGGCCGGCUGUGAGGAAAAGCGCCGGCCAGACAAUGUUCUCCACCAUUGCUGCUCACGGAACACUGCUGCAACCACCGACCUGGAACAUCGUGGUUUGGAAGGUUCUCUUUCAUCUGCUGAACUGUGUAAGGAAGUCCUCCUCCACAGCCGACAAGGAAAAGAUUGAAUCUGGAGGUGGAAACAUCCUCAUCCAUCACUCACGCGACACAGCAGAGAAACAGUGGGCAGAAACAUGGGUUCUGACGCUUGCGGGCGUAGCUCGGAUCUUCAACACCAGGAGAUACCUGCUUCAGCAGCUGGGGGACUUUUUCAAGGCUUGGGAAGUUCUGUUGGACCAUAUCCAGUCUGCUGCACUCAGUAAGAACAAUGAAGUUUCCCUCGCCGCCCUCAAGAGCUUCCAGGAGAUCCUCCAGCUAGUCACACCCAUUAAAGACACGGAUAAACUCGACGCUCUCGCAAUGGAUGUUUCUCCUGUCCUAAUGGAGUCUCUGCAAGUUUCUGUGCCUGGAAGACCUCUAGUCCGAUCCGAUUCCCUUGCAGAGCGGCUAGCCCAGCGCUACGGUGCCCAAGCUUCACUUCCACCACCCGGAGAGGAGCUGGACGACUCGGCCCUCUGGUGGUCAGCGUGGAACACUUGGUACCGGAUAGGAACCGAGUGCACUCGACCCCCUAGUGGUGGAGCAGAUAAACUAGUGUUCGUACCCAGUCAGCCUUUCCUGACGGCGCUCAUACAGAUUUUCCCAGCACUGUACCAGCACAUCGCAGGAGGGUUCAGCAUGGAAGAUCUCAAGAAGCUGGGGGUGAUUCUGUAUGGAGCCGUGUCGGUCCCUAUAAGCUCAGACACCUCGCCUUUCAUCUUGCCCUCCUACACGGAAGCAGUGCUCACAAGCCUGCAAGAAGCAGUCCUUACUGCCCUUGACGUCCUGCAGAAGGCAAUUUGCGUGGGCUCUGAGAAUCUCCAGGUGAUGUAUCCCGCCAUCUUUGAGCAGCUUCUGCUGUUUGUGGAGUUCUCCUGUAAACCUCCUCAGUAUGGAAAGAUGGAGACCAAACAUGUGGCCAAUGCUAAAUACAACCAGAUCCAACUGUUUGCACCGGCGGAGUGGGUGGCCUUAAACUACGUGCCGUUUGCGGAGCGAUCUUUGGAGGUGGUGGUUGAUCUGUAUCAUAAAACGGCCUGUCACAAAGCCGUCAUCAACGAGAAAGUCCUACAAAACAUCAUCAAGACUCUGAGGAUUCCUCUGGGCCUGAAGUACGCCUGUCCUGCUGAGAGCACCUGGAAACUGGCUGUCUCCUCUCUGCUCAAAGUGCUUUCCAUUGGACUCCCUGUUGCCCGCCAACAAGCAUCCUCAGGCAAAUUUGACACGAUGUGGCCGGAGCUGGCGAACGCCUUUGAAGACUUCCUGUUUACCAAAAGCACACCUCCAGAUAAUCUGUCCAUACAAGAGUUCCAGAGGAACGAAGCUGUAGAUGUCGAGGUACUUUCAUCCGACAAAUUUGAAACGAAUAUAGAAUUCCAAA